AUGGAGGUCUCAGUGGAGAAGAACCAGCAGCAUCAGGUCGCAUGCUUUAGUUGUCGCGCUUCUAGACAAAAAUGUGACCGUCAAGACCCCUGUUCUCGCUGUGUUUCCCAUGGUCGUACUUGCAAAUACCCUGCUCGAUCUAACCGCGGUCGGAAGCAUGGAAGUACAAACAAGCCUGAUAGUGUAGAGAAGCUCCUUUCACGCAUCGAGGAAAGCGGUGCAAAGGAAGAAAUCAUCGCUGCUCUUCUCGGAACAGGUCUUCCAAGCCCAAACAAAACAGUCUCCGUCAGAGGAACCCCGUGGACGCAACCACAGUCUUCCUCUGAUAGUCGCUCCACGUCUCAAGCUGCUCAACCAGAUUCGCCGCCUGAGGAUGACGGGUACGACCACCCUGAAGAUCUGAUUUCACCGCUUAGUAUCGUCACGACUGCUAUCGCGACAAACACGUCUGCUCAGUGUGAGAGACUGCGAUCUCAGAUGCCGAUGCAACCUGGCGUGAGAGAGGCCAUCAUGGCGCCUAUAAAGGAACGACUUGGUGCUUAUUUCUCUGCCCAGUCAGUUGAUUGCCCUUUCAAGUUGGAAAAGGCCACUUGUGACCCGCUUGCUUCUCGAUUGAUUGACGAAAGUGAUGCGACUGUUUACUUCCAACUGCAAGUCAGCAUCUUUUACACUCCCAUCGCCUCAAAUCUGACCAUUUCCAGUUUUUUCUCUACUCGCAACCCACUAGUAGGCCUCCUCGACGCCACAUUACACACAGUUGAAUAUGUCUACGCGAAUUCAUUCACCUUGUUCUCUGUUAUCUGUGCUCUUGGAUGCGCCAUGUCAGCUCGCCCUCGCGAUCGAGCCAUAUACCCUGUUGUGGUCCACCUAGCCAGUGGAAACGUCAAGUGGUCCAUCGCUGCUGCUGUAAAAUCCCUUGCCACUAUACAAGCCAUCGUCAACAUGCAGUACUGGACAUCCGUGUCCCCGACACAAGGAGACGAUACCUCAUCUAUAUACCUCAGUUACGCAAUGCAACUAGCCAGAGAAAUGGGAAUCAGCAAAUCAGAUGUCAUAAGAGAUUAUGUCAACGCAGAAUGCGAGAGUUCAUCACCUGAAAACAUAGGGCGAUAUAUCCGUAAUUACGAAAGGACGUGGCUUCGGACUCUUAUCUCAGAUAAAGGAUUCGGCAUUAUGAAUGGGAAGCUACAUUCUGUUAACUGGAAAGAAAUUCCCAGUUCCGCAGCGCAGUGGUGGAAGGCUCCGUUAGCUGAACCGACGGACCGUAUGCUAAGUGGCAUUAUUGAAAUCAGAAGACUAUUGCUAAGUCAAGUAGACAAACGAAAACAAGCAAAUUCAACCACGUCCUCCAUUGUGGAAUGGCACAAUGAGUCCUACGACGCUCUAACACGCCUACGCAAUGACCGGUGUAUACCAGACGACUCACCAUCAGGAAAACUACUCCCUGUUCUGGCAUUUUACAUGGACCACAGCAUCCUAGUCCUCAAUGCCCAAGCCCUCCGAGAUAUUACUGCCGCUGACGACAACUCCUCCCCUUCUUCAUCAGUGGCUCUUUUGAACAUUGAGAGAAAGUCGAUCGAGGUAGCAAGUCGUGUUCUUGACCUGUUGACUUCGGACAAGACGAUAAUUGAACUUGCCCUUGGCUUCCAGAAUAAUCAAUAUCUCAUGAUCUGUCACGUCAUGACUGAAGUUCUACGCGCUAUUAAAAGAGGCGCCCUCACGCAUGAAGAGAACUCUACUGCCGCAGGGAAAGUCAUCGGCGUUAUUCCUUUGCUAGAUCAGAUCGUGCAACUCCUCCCCGCAACUUCAGCAGCGCAUCUCUACUUUGAUCUCGCUCGCUUCUUUGCUUGUCAGAUUGACUCGUUGAUGGGUGCACCUGAUUUGCAGGAGAUGCGCGAGAGUCUUGAUACAGGAAUGUUUACGGAUGAUUGGUUCAAGGCUAUGGAUAUGGGAAUGCCAGAUGUCUAUACACUUUUGGACAUGGGAUACCUUGGGAUGGAUCAACCGAUGAUGGAUACUGAUGAUUUUAUGAUACAGAUUAACCUUAUCACCAACAGCGUAAAGAAAUUUGAGAAGACUUUGACUUCAGCUUAA